AUGGCACCGCUGCCCCCGGCCCGAGUGACACCAUCGCGUCCUUUCGCCAAAUGCGGGGUGGAUUACGCAGGUCCAUUUUCGCUUUGUCGCAGCAAGGGCAGAGGAGUUCCUACGAUCAAGGGCUACGUAGCUCUAUUCGUGUGCAUGAGCACGAAAGCCAUUCACCUUGAGUUAGUGGGAGACUUGACCACCGCCAGUUUUCUUGGGGCACUGACACGCUUCGUCGGUCGCCGAGGUCGCCCUGCAGAGAUAUGGAGCGACAAUGCGACCAACUUUCGCGGUGCUAGUCUGGAACUGAGCCGCCUCCUACGAGAAGCCGAGAUCGAUUGGGGUCUAGUGGAAGGCGAACUCGCUCAAGAGGGAAUUACUUGGCGAUUCAUCCCACCGUCGGCACCUCAUUUCGGCGGUCUUUGGGAGGCUGGCGUGAAGUCUAUGAAAAGACACUUGCUUCGCAUCGCCGCUUCACGCCGCCUCACCUAUGAGGAAUUCACCACUCUCUUGGUUUCCGUCGAGGCUCUUCUCAACAGCCGUCCUCUCGUGCCACCGGCUGGGGACCUGGGAGACUUGGAGGCCCUCACACCAAGUCACUUCCUGAUUGGCACGUCGUCCACGUCUUAUCUGCAGCCCAAUCCCUCUACAGACAAGAUCAACCAGCAUCAUCAUUGGGAGCUUGUCCAAGCGAUGAGGGGACACUUUUGGGACCGGUGGAGCAGGAAGUAUUUGAACACGCUCCUUCAAAGACCGAAGUGGAGAAAGCCGCAGCCCAACCUUAAACCAGGCGAUGUAGUUGUCAUUGUAGAUCCUUCGCUUCUACGGCCGGAUGGGCGCUGGCCUCUCGGCCGAGUGAUUGCCACCCACUCCGGGUCAGACGGUCUGACUGGGCGUAUUCCUCAUAUAACGAGAAAUAGGUGGAAUCAAAGAGAAGUCGUACAGAAUCAAAAUGAUUACAUCAGGGAAGAAGAAAUAUUAACCGAGAGUGCUGACGAAGAUGAACAAAUGGAUUUCAUAGAUCAAGACGUAAGUUUUCUAGUUUAA